AUGACCACCACCACCAAGAGUUCAAGCGAGGAGGUCGACAUACAGCGGCGUAACGAACCUUGGUAUGGUUUGUACAAAGGCUGUCUGCCUAGUUGGCCGUCAGAGACUGCUUUCAAAGAUAGAAAAAUGUUUUACAUGAUGGAGAGAUCGGAGCUGCGAGACAAUUACUGGGUUUAUUUGUAUUUGGAACUUGCAGUUUUUUGUUCCAACAGGUUUUCAGAUGAGCGCUCUCUGUACAAGUUGGAGAUUGUGCAAGUGGCGAUAGAAACUAUUGAAGAUGUGGAUGCGUCGGAUGCGAGACUCAACACCAAGACUGCAAUUGUCUACAUAAAGUAUAGGGAUUGGGCCAGGGCUCGGACUCGGGACUCGUGA